AAACAUCAAAACGAAUGAAAUGAAUGAAAAUAAUAGAAUAUAUUAGUACAGAAUCAGGGCCGGAUUUAGACUUUUGGAUGCCCGGGGCAAAUUUUUUUUUUGAGGCCCUUAACAGUAAAAUAAAAAAAUACUCAUUAUCGAAGUAGUUAAGGAAAAAAGUUUUAAAAUUUCCAAACUUGCACUUUAUAACUAUCUACCUAAAACGUGUUUAUUUCAAGUUUGUUUAUAAUAAAAAGGAUAACCAAGAUACGUGAAAACAAAAUAACACAACGACGGACGGCCUGCACUAGAGAUGUGUCGUUCGCGAACGAACGGAUCGAAUUGAACGGGUCAAAAUAGUGAACGAAAUGAUUCAGAUCGCCGAACCGUAGUGAUCCGGAUCCCCCAAAAACUAAUUUUUUCCCGUAUAAAUCACACUGUACCGAUUUGAUCGCUUACCAAAUAUCAAUGAUAACAUGAUAACAUAUUCAUAUGUCAUUUGUUUAUACGACACAUCCCUAAUCCGAAUCGCGAAUCAUACAUGCGAUUCGCGAAUCGAGAACCGCAAAAGAAUCAAAACCAUACUGAAUGUUCCAUUGACUCAAAAUAUCUUUUAGAUCGCGAACGGGUCUUUGAACCGGAUCUUCUAGUUGACCUGAUUCGAAUGAAUCGGAUCACUUAGGUGAACCAUAAUUCCCAUCUCUAGCCUGCACUAAUCGCUAUUAUAAUAUGGUAUCGAGAUUCGUAGAAGUCAAAGUCACGUCUUAUCAAACACGGGUACUACCACCACGCUGUUUAAUAAAAAAUGACAUAAUCACUCGAACGUUUGUACCAAUAUACUAAAGCAGCGUUUCUCAAACUGUGGGUCGCGACCCCUUGGGGGGUCGUGAGUCAAUUUUUGGGGGGUCGCGAGAAGUUUUUUUAACUAUACAGAUUGUAAGAAAUUUAUUUUUUUUUAAUUGUAUAGACUAUACUACUAUAGAACUAUAAUAGAAGUAUAAAGUAAUAUAAGAACUAUAAGGACGGGUAUUUUUGGUACGUCGUUAUCGCAGAAAUAUUUCGAUAAAAUAUGACGAUAAAGACAGUACUCGGUAAAUUUUAUAGACAACUGUUGUCUAUAAAAUUUCAGUUAGCCGUUAGUCGUUACGCUGUAUCAUCGCCGGCUUGUAAUUUUAGUUUAUGUGUCGUGAACGUGUAUGAGUGUGUUGUACCGCGUGCGUUCGUUUUGGUGCGAUCGAUUGCUUGGUGUUAUUGUGCGCGCUAUUUCUGAGACAGAUUAUUUACAAAAAUUAUAUGAUGUAUAAAUGGUUGGUAAAUAAGCGAGAAGUUGAAACUGAUGAAAGUGAACCUUCAACUUCGAUUUUAAAACGAAAAAAAAAGACAAGAAAGUAUGAUUCAGAGUACCUAAAAAUUGGUUUUUCUUGGAAAGAAGAUAAUGAUGAACAACGACCACAGUGUGUAAUUUGUUUUGAAGUACUUGCAAACGAGAGUAUGCGUCCGAAUAAAUUACGUCGGCAUAUUAAGACUAAGCAUCCUGAUCUGAUAGAUAAACCACUCUCUUAUUUCGAAACAAAGUUGAAAGAACUGAACACAUCCAAAACAAAAAUUACACAGUUCACCAAGUUCAAUGAAAAAGCUAUGCACGCUUCGUACCUGAUAAGUUUACGAAUCGCAAAAGCUGGCAAACCACAUACUAUCGGAGAGAAUUUAGUAUUGCCAGCAAUAAAAGAUACAGUUGGAGUAAUGUUUGGUGACAAGUUCUCAAAAGACGUCGAAAUGAUACCACUAUCAAAUGAUACAGUUACACGUAGAAUUAAUGACAUGUCUCAAUGGACAGAAAAUCGGCUGAUUGAAAGAGUCAGUAAAAGUAGAUUUUUCUCACUACAACUAGAUGAAUCUACCGAUGUUCAAGGUUUAUGUCAGCUGCUUGUAUUCAUUCGUUAUAUAUGGAACAACGGACCACAUGAAGAUAUGUUAUUUUGUGAACCAAUUAUACGUGGUACUAGUGAGGAAAUAUUCAAUACCCUCAAUACUUAUAUCAAUAAAAAAGGUCUUGAUUGGGUAAAAUGUAUCGGAUUAUGUACAGACGGUGCUAGAGCUAUGUGUGGUAAAAAUAGUAGUGUUGUAACUCGAAUGCUUGAAGUUAGUCCGAAUGCAUCAUGGACUCACUGCAACAUUCACAGGGAAGUUUUAGUAUCGAAAAAUCUUCCGGAUAACUUGAAAAUCGUGUUGAACACUUCUGUGAAAAUAGUCAAUUUCAUUAAGACAAGGCCAUUGCAAUCACGAUUAUUUGAAAGGUUGUGUGAAGAGAUGGGAAGUUCUCAUAAAUCUCUUCUUUUGCACACUGAUGUACGUUGGCUUUCAAGAGGAAAAGUACUAACAAGACUUGUGGAACUCCGUGAAGAAGUUGCACUGUUUCUUAAAGAAAAAACUGAUCUGGCAAAAUCGUUACACAAUGAAGAUUUCAUUUUGAAGCUCACGUAUUUAGCCGACAUAUUUUCGAAACUGAACGAACUAAAUUUAUAUUUACAAGGAACAGAAAGAGCCGAUAUAUUUGCGGUCCAUGAAAAAAUUAGAGGUUUCAUAAAAAAACUUACAUUAUGGCAAAAUAACAUUGAAAAGCAAAAUUAUGAUUGUUUUGAAACAUUUCAAACUUUCAUAACCGAAAAUAAUAUAAAAGUUCCCGAUGACAUAAUUAACCAAAUCACUUUGCAUUUAAUUUCAUUGAAAGAUAACUUUAAAUUAUACUUCUUUGAAGAAAUAGAAAAAUACCAAAAAAAAAACUGGGUUGUGAAUCCGUUUCAGGACGCCACACUCACAGGAAUCUCAACAAAAGCUGAAGAAGAACUCAUUGAUUUGUCUGAAGAUGCAUCAUUAAAACUUAAAUAUAGCCGCAAUCAUUUGAUUGAGUUUUGGCUGUCAGCUCAACAAACUUACCCAACUCUUUCAACUGAGGCUUUAAAGGUAUUACUACCUUUUUCAUCUUCAUACUUGUGCGAAGUUGGAUUUUCGGCAAUGGUGGGAAUAAAAAACAAACUCAGAAAUAAACUCCAACUAUCGCACUCCUUGCGUUUAAAAAUAACUACAAUUGACGUCGAUGUUGGUGCUGUUAUCAAAGAUUGCAGGAAACAAGCGCAUCCAUCACAUUCGCCUAAUUAUUAAUUAAGUAUUAUAAUUAUUAUAAAUUUAUUAUAUAUUAGUAUUAUUAUUAUUUUUUUUUAUUAUAAAGAAGUAGUUAUUUUAUAGUUAAUAAAAUAGAAAAAAUUUGUUUAUUGAAAUUACUUUUUUGAUUUUGUUAAUGUAAAACUAAGGGGGUCGCGAUCGAUUUUCGGAAAAAAAUUUGGGUCGUGGUCCUAAAAAGAUUGAGAACCACUGUACUAAAGUAUUAUAUUGUGUUUGCUGUAUGCCCCAAUGUCGUUCUGUUAUCAUGUGACGUAUGUCGGUAUCAAUUUUGCACCCCAAAUUAUAUAAAUACAAAACAAUAUUUAUUUUUUAAAGUUGAUUUUUUCAUAAGCCGAGGGUUGAAAAAUUAAAAAAAAAUUUUUUUAUAGUAUUCGGCAUCCGGAUGCCCCCAAACAUCUGUUGCCCGGGGCAAGUGCCCUUAAAACCCUCCGUCAAAUCCGGCCCUGUACAGAAUAAGUUAAACCUAGCAUUUAUUAUUAGAUGAGGUUAUGUCAUUGAUUUUUCUUUUAAAAAAAAGAUAAGAGCUUUUGUAUGACAUCUAUUAUAAUGUUAUUGAUAACAAGUCAUAUAACUCUUCAAUCUGUGUCUUUUAAAUAAGUACAUUUUUGCUUCAUGAGUUCACCGUGGGCACUAGCGGCAUUGGGUAAAAUACCGAUUUCUAAGUUUUCUGGUAGGUGGUUCGAAUCUCGUCGCAGCGGUGUUCGUAACGCGUUUUUCGGGAUAGGCGAGAUGGGGCGCUGUUCUUGGAAGCGCGUUACGUAA